UAAAAAAGUUUUAUAGUCGUUGAUUGGAGUCAAGAUGCCUUCGAAGGACCAUGAAAACGGGGUGGAUGAGUCUGUCAAUACAAAGGAGGAAAACGGAACCAAGAAAAACGAAAAAGAUGCUGAAAUGGAAAACAGCGGCGCACAAGAAGAGUCUGAACCAAACAAGAAGGAAGAGGGACAAGAGCAAGAAGGGUCCGAGGGAGAUGCUCACGCUGGACAAAAGCGAAAGCACGAGGAACGACCUACAGGCGAAGAAGACCAAAACGGGUCGAAAAAAGCGGCUCGAACAAAGGGGACGAAGAGUGGCCGUGCAACUCUGAAACAGCUGUUGAACUUCUUACUCUCCGCGGACGCGCUGCCGUAUUGUUUUCCAGACGAAGAACUAGAAGCGGCCAAGAAGAAGCAGGGAUUGAAGUGCUACUCGCUCACGUCGCCGACUUCCUUGACGGCUUUUGAGCAUCUGGUCUGCGCUCACCUGUUGAGUAAGCCGCUCAGCCACGCGCUGGGGUUGAGGAGCAUCCGUACGUUGCUCAACGAGCCGUACAACUUUGGCACGGCCAAGCGCAUCGUCGACGCGGGAGAGGACAAAGUAUGGCAGGCCCUCGAAGAUGCCAAGACGCAACACCGUCAGAAGACGGCGAGGUACCUUUCUGGAAUGGCGCGGGAGUACGCGCCCGACAAGGCCGGCGACACCAUGUUCGACCUCGCGGAGAAGGCCAACAACGAAGGGCCCAACGGUGUCGUCGAGCACAUCAAGGAGACGGUGCCUGGGUUGGGCAAGAUAGGCGGGGAGAUCUUCUGCAGACGUAUCCAGUGUGUGUAUGGAUGGGGAGACGCGUUGUGGCCCUAUGCGGAUGGGAAGGCGUUGGAAUGCCUCAGGGAGAUUGGGAUCGAUGUUGAGGAUGCGGAUGAACUCCAGAAUGGCAUUGAGAGUCUGGUGGAUUGGGAGCGCGUAGGGGACAUGGGGCUUCAGGAACGUGUUUUGAGUAAAGGUGAGUUGGCGGGUGAAGAGAUGGAAACCCAGGUUCAGGCCGAGUUUGUCGUUGCUCUGGAGAGGGCGGUGGGUUGUGUGUUGGAAGGGAAAGUUGAGGAGUUUAGAAAGGCUGCUGCGGAAGCGUAGGAUAGAAA